AUGACUGGUGAGCCAAACAAUGAUCAAUCCCCUGCUGGUGAGAUUCCUUUGAGGAUGGAUCGGACACCGUCAAUGGAACUCUAUUUUAUUGACCUCAUGAUAGACCAAGUGCAGAGAGGCAAUAAGGUGACUCACACAUUCACUGAGCAAGCGUGGGCUGAUAUGAUUGAAUCAUUUAAUGGGAAAUUCGGGCUCCAAUGUAGCAAGAAUUUUCUAGAAGAUUGGUAUAUAUGCUUGAUGAAACAGUAUGAUGACAUCAGCAGCAUUCUCAAUCGUAGUGGUUUUAUGUGGGAUGAAUCUCAACAAAUGGUUACGGCUGAAAAUAAUGUCUGGGAAGAUUAUGUUAAGGGCUACCCUGAUGCUAUUUCAUACAGAGGUAAAUUGCUAUGCAGUUUUAGCGACCUAUGCAAGAUCUUUGGAAAUAAAGUAUGGGAUGGAAGACACAGUGAUCAGUUUCUGGGGAUGGAAAUAGAAAUGGAUAGACCGUGUGAUGAUCCACAAGUUCCAGCUGGGAAUACUGAACCAUGUGAUGAUCCAAGGAAGCGACCAACUGAGACAACAUCCAAAUCACAGCGUCCUGGAAAGGCACAAAAGACUGGCAAAAGAAUGGAAGAAGCUAUUUCCGAGAUGGCGGGUGUGGUAAAAAGAUUGGUGCAUAACAAGGAGAAUAAGAAUUAUAAAUUGAUAGAAAGUGCAAUCGAUGCUCUCCAAGCAAUACCUGACAUGGAUGAUGAGCUAAUGUUGGAUGCUUGCGAUCUUAUGGAAGAUGAGAAAAAAGCAAAAACGUUUUUGGCAUUGGAUAUCGCUCUGAGAAAGAAAUGGUUAUUAAGAAAACUUCCUCGGUAG